ACCCGGAUUCAACCAAAGCUCCCCUAUUCUCUCUCUAGAACUUUCUGAUUUUCUUUUAAUUUUCUGUUCUCUCUCUUCUUCUUUGUGAAAUCCUAACGAAAAUCUGCAGAUUUUCUUCCGGUUUCCCAUAAUACCCCCGAAAUCUCAGCACUCCGGCGAGUAAAUUCUCGUCUAGAUCUCGAUAUCGGUCUUAUUUGUUUCGUCUUUUCCGGUGGGUAAACGGGGAUAAAAAAAAGAGGAGGGACAGAAUAGGAAAAAGAAAGGAAGUCGCAUGAGCUGUUUGGGAAAUCUGGGUUUUUCUUCUUUGAGUUCGUUGAAUUCUUCCAACCAUUUCAUCACGUGUCUCCUAAUUUUUAUUCUUCAUUAUUCCCCACAAUUGCCCCCUUCGUUGUUUAAUUUCGAAAUCAGAUCCACUGAACCUUUAUUAAAUCAUAAUCCUCUGUUAAAUCCCAAUCUUAAUCCGGUCUUAUCCUUAAUCCAUGGAGUCCUCAGGAAAGAGUAAUCGCCGAUUGAACGGAGGUAUUUUCCAUCCAAAUGGGAUGAGAAGGCAAGCAAGAUCACCGUCAGUGAUCGUGAUUGGGGCUGGAAUGGCCGGAAUAUCAGCUGCUCAUGCUCUCCAUGAAGCCUCGAUUCAGGUUACGGUGUUAGAAUCCAGGGACAGAAUUGGUGGUCGAGUUCAUACUGAUUACUCAUUUGGUUUUCCUGUUGACCUUGGUGCUUCAUGGUUGCACGGAGUUUCCAAAGAAAAUCCCUUGGCACCAUUGAUCAGUAGACUUGGACUCCCGCUUUAUCGGACAAGUGGUGAUAAUUCUGUGCUGUAUGACCAUGACUUGGAGAGCUAUGCACUCUUUGAUAUGGAUGGUCGUCAAGUUCCUCAGGAGUUGGUUACUAAGGUGGGAGAAGCAUUUGAACGCAUUUUGCAGGAGACAGAUAAAGUGAGAAAAGAGCAGAGUGAAGAUAUGUCUAUAAGUUGUGCUUUCUCAAUCGUUUUUGAAAGAAGACCAGAAUUAAGGUUGGAAGGGCUUGAACAUAAGGUACUUCAGUGGUACAUUUGCCGAAUGGAAGGCUGGUUUGCUUCGGAUGCUGAUACUAUCUCACUUAAAAGCUGGGACCAGGAAGAGCUAUUACCUGGUGGUCAUGGACUCAUGGUCAGGGGUUAUCUUCCUGUCAUAAACACACUGGCCAAAGGUAUUGACAUCCGCUUGAACCACAGAGUUACAAAAAUAGUGAGGCGUUACAAUGGAGUUAUGAUUACUAUGGAAAAUGGAACUACAUUUGUGGCAGAUGCUGUUAUCGUUGCUGUUCCCCUAGGUGUACUAAAAGCCAAGACCAUCAAGUUCGAACCAAAGCUUCCUGAAUGGAAGGAAGCAGCAAUUGAUGAUCUUGGAGUGGGAAUUGAAAACAAAAUAAUAUUGCACUUUGACAAGGUGUUUUGGCCUAAUGUGGAGUUUUUGGGAGUUGUUGCUGAGACAUCAUAUGGCUGCAGUUACUUUCUAAACCUUCAUAAGGCCACGGGUCACCCUGUCCUUGUGUAUAUGCCUGCAGGGCAGCUGGCUAGAGAUAUUGAGAAAUUGUCUGAUGAAGCUGCUGCAGAGUUUGCCUUUAUGCAACUGAAGAAGAUCCUUCCAGAGGCAUCUGCCCCGGUUCAGCAUCUUGUUUCUCGAUGGGGAUCAGACAUGAAUACACUUGGCUCCUAUAGCUACGAUGCAGUAGGCAAGCCCCAUGAUCUGUAUGAGAGGCUAAGGGUCCCAGUGGAUAAUGUAUUCUUUGCGGGGGAGGCAACCAGUAUGAGCUACCCAGGGUCCAUUCAUGGUGCAUUUUCAACGGGGCAGAUGGCUGCCGAGGCCUGUAGGAUGCAUGUACUGGAGCGAUAUGGGGAGUUGGACUUGUUCGAGCCAGUGAUGGGCGAGGAAGGAGGAUUUUUUGUCCCGCUCUUGAUCACGCGUUUGUAAGUGGCAAACUGUCUUGUCUCAACCUGCGCCCGGUUCAAAAGCAUGUAGAUGGUGGAGGUGUGAUUUGGGCGACACAUUGAUCCCAAUUUCAAAGUCGUUUUUGAUUGGUUUGAUGUGUAUAGUGGCGACCUGUAAUGAGAUCCGGACAAGUUUAACUAGUAAUGUUAAAGUGUUGGGGGGUAUUUAAUUAAAGAAAAAGUAUAUAGUUGAGGUGGCGCAUGCAUGCCUUUGUCAAAGUGAAAGUAUGUGUUUUGGAUUUGAAAGGCGCAAUGCGUCGUCCACUACAUGAGUGGGAUGGACACUGGUAAAAUGGUGAUGUAUAAUUUUAUUAAACAAAUAAACAGUUGGAUUAUGUUA